UGGAGUGGCCUCUUGAAGAAGAGCACCAGCAAAUGUUUUGGGCAAACCUGAAGAGAGCCUUGAAGUCAUAGAAGAAGUCAGCAGCUCCCAUUUCAAUGUGAAAUAAUGACUAAACACAGCUGGCAAGCGUGGGCCAUCUACAUGCUCUUAGCUGCAAACCUCUCCGAACAGCAAGCGCUGAAGCAGGCUUGUCCUUCAUGCAAUGAUGCUCAGCUUUGCAACUGCUCUUCCAUGGGCUUGGACUUCAUUCCCCCAGGGCUCACUGCCAAAAUCACUAUGUUAAACCUGGCCCACAACAGGAUAAAGCACAUCCGAUCCCAGGACCUGCAGCAGGCUGUGAACCUGAGAGCCCUGCUGCUGCAGUCCAACAGAAUCAGCUCCAUAGAUGAAGACUCAUUUCAGUCCCUGGCGAAACUGGAGCUCUUGGACUUAUCAAAUAACAGCUUGGCUCACUUGUCCCCUGUGUGGUUUGGGCACCUUUUUUCGCUCCAGCACCUCCACCUUCAAGGCAAUUUCUACAGAGACCUGGGAGAAAGCUCUCCCUUUUCUAGUCUGAGGAACCUGAGCUCUCUCCGCCUGGGCAACCCACGGUUCUCUGUGAUAAGGCAAGGGAACUUUGAGGGCAUUGAGCUUCUCAACGAGUUGUGGAUUGAUGGUGGUAAUCUCAGUCAGUAUGAGCAGGGAAGUUUGAAAUUGAUUAAGAAGAUAAAUCACAUGGUCAUAAACCUAAAAAAUAUUAAUAUAUUCUCAGAAAUUGUUAGGGACCUUCUACACUCUGUGACUUGGCUAGAAGUGAGAAGAAUAGCAUUCAGUACCUCUGCUGAAAUGCAACUUUUGAGAGUCAUGUCUUCUUCUUUCGCAAAGAAAAUUUCUUUUAAAGAGACCUUAUUAACAGAUGCCACUGUGCCUGAGAUUGUCAGCAUUUUAGAAGACAUGCCAAAAUUAGUGGAGGUGGAGCUAAUAGACUGUAGACUCUUGGGAACUGGACAAUGGGAAAUGCAGAUUCAAGCAAACCAAUCACAGACCCUUAGAGUUCUCACAAUACAGAAAUUAUCUAUAGAAGAAUUUUUCUUGUUUACAGAUCUUCAGACUGUGCAAGAUCUACUAUUUCUUUUUACCAGAGUCACAGUUCGAAACACCAAAGUAUUUUUGGUCCCAUGCAGAAUUUCCCAACAUCUUCAGUCAUUAGAGUACCUUGACCUUAGUGCUAAUUUGCUUGGAGACCAGAGUUUAGAGCAUUCAGCCUGUCAGGGUGGAUGGCCAUCACUACAAACUCUAAAUUUAAGUCAGAAUUCACUGGGUGACUUAGAAAUGACAGGUAGAAGUUUGUCUCAUCUAAGAAACCUAAUUGUUUUAGACAUUAGCCAAAACAAUUUUGGUGAGAUUCCAGAUAAAUGCAAAUGGCCAAAAAACCUGAAAUAUUUAAACCUCUCCAGCACUCAAAUUCCUAAAGUAACGGCCUGCAUUCCCUCAGAGCUGGAAGUUUUGGAUGUUAGUGCUAACAACCUGAAGGAGUUUGGACUGCAGCUCCCAUUUCUGAAAGAGCUGUACCUCGCAAAAAACCAGCUGAAGACCCUGCCUGGUGCUGCACCCAUUCCAAACUUAGUGCUCAUGUCAGUCAGGAGAAACAAGCUCAACAGUUUCUCCAAGGAAGAGUUUGAGUCCUUCAAGAGAAUGGAGCUGCUGGAUGCCGGCGACAACAACUUCAUCUGCUCCUGUGAAUUCCUCUCCUUCAUCCACCACCAGGCUGGGAUAUCCCAGGUGCUGGUGGGGUGGCCAGACAGGUACGUCUGCGACUCUCCGCUGGCAGUGAGAGGGGCCCAGGUUGGAGCUGUACACCUCUCCCUGAUGGAGUGCCACAGGUCCCUCGUGGUGUCAUUGAUCUGCAUCCUGGUGUUCCUGGUCAUCCUCAUCUUUGUAGUUGUUGGCUACAAGUACCACGCGGUCUGGUACCUUAGGAUGACCUGGGCGUGGCUCCAAGCCAAGCGGAAGCCCAAGCGAGCCCCACCCAAGGACAUCUGCUAUGACGCUUUUGUCUCCUACAGUGAGAACGACUCCAACUGGGUGGAAAACACAAUGGUGCGGGAGCUGGAGCAGGCCUGCCCUCCCUUUCGCCUCUGCCUCCAUAAGCGGGACUUUGUGCCUGGGAAGUGGAUUGUGGACAACAUCAUUGACUCCAUUGAGAAGAGCCACAAAACACUCUUUGUGCUGUCCGAGCACUUUGUGCAGAGCGAGUGGUGCAAAUACGAGCUGGACUUCUCACAUUUCCGCCUCUUUGAUGAGAACAACGAUGCGGCGAUUCUUGUCCUCCUGGAGCCCAUCCAGAGCAAAACGAUUCCCAAGAGGUUCUGCAAGCUGCGGAAGAUCAUGAACACAAAGACCUACCUGGAGUGGCCUCUUGAAGAAGAGCACCAGCAAAUG